AUGGAACUCGAAAUUGGCGUUAGACAAACAUUGCAGGCUCCUAUUGGUUCUGUCCAUGUAACAAGGCAGUCGAGUAGUGGCGAAAGCUGCCCGAUUACCAUUUCUAGUCGUAGUAUUGCGGGUAUCGUCCUCGGUUUGAUUUCAGGGACGCUGCUUCUUAUCUGGCUCUGGCGUGCUUGUCAAUUGUCUGGUGCUACAGGCAAUAACACCAGCUCUGGAGUUAUAUAUGAAUCAUCUGUUGUGAGCAGCUCCUCCGGUCGAAGGAGACGUCGCGGUUCCUCCGGCACUACAUAA